GUUCUACAACUGGAACAACAACUGAAAUAUCAAAUUGUUGAAGAUGUCUGCUUGCAAGUUGUUUUAUUUGUGGCUGUUGCUCGGCUGUCUGUUGGCCUUAGCGUCUGCCCAGCCACCCAUAACGCCACGCGACUGUCCACGCAAUGAGGUGUUUCUGCCGUGCGGUCCCAGCUGCCAGACGGAGUGCGCCACCUUGGGUCAGCCCUGUCUAAUAAGCCAUAUUCGGUGUCCCGAUGGCUGCUAUUGCGUCGAGGGCUAUGCCCGCAACGCGGCUGGCUCGUGCAUACCCCAGGCUCAGUGCCGCAGAAGUGGCUCCUAUUCCACUUAAGCACUGCAAAUAUGAUGACAAAAGAUUGAAAAAAUAUUAAAAAACAGCUGUUGAGUUUUUUUAAACCUCAACCCAAUGUUAUUUUAGCA